AUGUUGAAGAUCGCGACGCGGCCGUCUGGUCGCUCCUUGGCUUUCCGAGUUGUGAUUGCAAUUGCCAUCACAUAUCUGGCGAUCAUCCAGCUCCGGGUGACAUUUUCGGAAUCCUCGGUUCACCGAUGGGAAAAUGUAAAGGAUACUUUGGAGGCAGGGUCGAACCAUGGAGCUGAGGAAGAUGGCGGCUGUGGAGGAUUGAUGGAUUUUGGACAUCGUUUGGUGGUGACUGUCAAGACUGGAGCUACGGAGGCAGCUGAGAAGAUUCCUGUUCAGCUGAAAACAAUGCUGAGAUGUGUUCCGCUGGAGAAUGUUUUGUGGUAUUCAGAUAUGGCGCAGAAGGUUGGAGAUCAUCAGUUGAACGACGCGCUGGAUCAAAUCCCACCUAGUGUCAAGGAUGGGAACCGGGACUUCGACAUCUACCGCAAGCAACAGGAGUUGCAGGACCCUGUCAAAGUUGUCAGCUUGCUCAAGGAUAUGAAGCACCCCGAACACGACGAUCAACUAGCAGCUUGGUCUCUAGACAAGUACAAGAAUGUCCACAUCGUGGAGAAGAGCUGGAAUGCUCGACCUGGCGCAGACUGGUACAUCCAUAUCGAUGCAGAUAGCUAUAUUUUGUGGCCCAGCUUCAUGGCCUGGAUCCGGAAGCUUGACCCUUCCAAGAAGUCGUUGCUAGGAUCAUUGGCCUGCCUGGGGGAGUUGCAAUUUGUUCAUGGUGGGAGUGGGAUUCUGAUCUCGAGAGCUGCGACAGAGAGCCUGGUCGUCGCAAAUAAUGGCACGGCGGCUCGUUGGGAUUCCCGAAUCGCUGGAAACUGCUGUGGUGAUGGCAUCUUGGCCGAGGCGUUCAAAGACAUUGGCAUACCUGUGAUGAACGCAUGGCCGAGUAUAAAUGGGGAGUCUCCAUCAACGAUCCGGUUCGGAUCUACCGACUGGUGCGAGCCAAUCGUGACUCUCCAUCAUGUUUCAGCUGCUGAUGCACAUGGACUGCGAGGCUUCGAGGAUAGGAGGCGUGAUAAGAGCGCGCCAGUGCUGUAUUCGGAACUGUUCGCCGAUCUAGUCUGGGAUAUGAUACCAGGAAGUCUUGAAAACUGGGACAAUAUGUCAGAUGGUAAGACUGUGCCAAACAUCAAAACUGCAUUGGAGUGUACUCGAGCAUGUGAGAGGGACCGCCAUUGUUUGCAAUCCCUCUUCAACGGCGAGGAGUGCAAGCUCGGGACGAAGACAAUAACAUUUGGAGAGAAACACGAUCUUGAAGAUAAUGGGACGACGUGGCAAAGUACUUGGAAUAAGACAAGGAUAGCCGCUUGGGUUGCGAAGCAGUCGCGCUGCGGUAAGCCCAAGUUCCCGUUCGAGGAUGGAAAGACCUCCAAAAACUCGGACAUGUUCUGCCCGCCAUGA